CGGCGGGGAGACAAAGCUCGUGUUGUUGCGCUAAUUGAACGCUUUAUUAUCAUGUACGAUUAGGGCUGCAGCAGCGCGGCUCUGUUCAUUAAAACAUUCUUGGUGGGAUUGAGCCCAAGAGAAAGACUUUACAUAAUAUUAACGCGAGUGGCAUUUAUUUUUCACGUGAAACGAAACGGCCCUUUAAAAGGAGCUCAAUCCUUCUUUUCUCCGCAGCUGAGCCGCGUGUUCCGUUCAGUUCCGUUCGGACCCCCCUGCGUUCGCGGAAUACAGAGAAUAACAAUUCAUUUAGUGGAAUUAUCCAUUCAUUGUGUCUCUUCUCUGCGCAACAAGAUCGCAGUGAAAAUGGUCACUUCGUACCCUUUACCUGAGGGAUUCAGUGAUUUCGACGUUUUCUCCCUCGGCUCUGCUCUUCUCGUGGAAGGUCUCGUAGGAUUCUUCCUCAAUGCUGUCACACUUGUGUCUUUCUUCAAAAUAAGAGAACUGCGAAGCCCCAGUAAUUUCCUUGUCUUCAGCCUGGCUAUGGCUGACAUCGGCAUCUGCAUGAACGCCACCGUGGCCGCUUUCUCCAGCUUCCUCAGGUAUUGGCCUUAUGGCUCAGAAGGAUGUCAGACACAUGGUUUUCAAGGAUUCUUAACUGCACUUGCUAGUAUCAACUUCAUUGCUGCAAUUGCUUGGGACAGAUACCAUCAGUAUUGCACAAGAACAAAAUUAAAGUGGAGCAAUGUAAUAACUCUGGUCAUCUUCAUAUGGUUGUUCACUGGGUUUUGGGCUGCUAUGCCGCUUCUUGGAUGGGGGGAGUAUGACUACGAACCCCUUAGGACCUGUUGCACUCUAGACUACUCCAAGGGUGACAGGAACUUUGUCUCCUAUUUCCUCUCCAUGUCUUUUUGCAAUUUCUUCAUCCAAGCUGUCACGGUUCUGAGUUCUUACCAAUCAAUUGAGAGAAAAUUUAAGAAGACUGGCCAGUAUAAGUUUAACCCAGGCACACCACUGAAGACCUUGUUGUUUUGCUGGGGUCCUUAUGCAAUCCUCUGUCUAUAUGCUGCUGUAGAAAAUGCUACUCUUCUUUCUCCAAAACUAAGAAUGGUGGCUCCUAUUCUGGCAAAGACCUCCCCAACAUUCAAUGCCUUCUUGUAUGCCCUUGGAAAUGAAAACUACAGAGGGGGAAUCUGGCAGUUUCUCACUGGACAAAAGAUUGAAGUUACUCAAAGUGAAAACAAGUCCAAAUAA